AUGGGCUUUCUUAGCAAUGCACACCGUCCGAAACGAACCCAGGCAGAGAAGAAGCUUACGUACUGCUGCGCCUGCUACUUCUUCAACUACCUCGACCGCCAAUCGUUUCCCAAUGCAUACGUCUCAGGGCUCCGUGAAGACCUGGGUCUUGUCGCCAACGAGUACAGUAUUCUGCUGUCAAUGUUCACGGCAGGCAGUGUUGUUGCUCACAUUCCCCAUGCCCUGACCAUUCAGAAAGUCGCACCUCGUAUCUGGCUCCCUAUGAUGUUGAUUUUGUGGUCGGGUGUCACGAUGUGUCUUGCCGCAUGUAAGAGCUUCGAGGCCUUGUGUACGACCCGCUUCUUCCAAGGGUUCCUUGAGGCAAGUGUUUAUGGAGGGAGUAUGUAUGUCUUUGGCUCGUGGUACACUCCCUCCGAACUCUCUAAGCGAGCUGCAAUCUUCACCGCCGUCGGACAGAUUGGCAGUCUGUUCUCUGGCCUCAUGAUGACCGCUAUGAACAAGUCUCUCCAUGGUAAUGCUGGCCUCACGGGAUAUCAAUGGGUCUUCAUCAUCAAUGGCUUAAUGGGCAUUCCUUUCGGCAUCUUCGGUUUUUUCUUCUUUCCGGAUUUGCCUGAAAGCACUACAGCAUCUUACCUCUCUAAGGAAGAGAUUCAAAUCGCUCACGACAGAGUUGGUCCUAAGAGCGAGAACAGCCACAGUAUCCACUGGAAAACCCUUAUCGACAGAGUGCUCAAAACGCCACACAUCUAUCUCCUAGCUUCUUUGUCUGUCAUCUCAGGCAUGCUUGAGGCCUUUGCUUUCCAAGGCAUGUUCUUACUCUGGAUGAAAUACAACAAGAAGAGAUUCAGCCUAACCGCCAUCACCACGUACCCUCUUGGCAUCCAAUCAGUCGCAAUCGUGUCCCAGAUUGGUGCUGGUAUUUUCAUCGACAGAACCGGGCAAAGAAUCCCCAUGGUCGUCUUUGCUGCUGCAAUCCAGCUCGUCACAGCCAUUCUGCUCUUGCAGCCCCGCCUCUCUGAUGGCGGAGUUUUUGCUGCACAUUACCUUAGUGGAACUUCGUUCAUCGUCAACCCCGUCAUGUACGGUUGGGCGAAUUCGAUACUCCAGAGGAUGGGAGAUGAUGCUGCUCGAUCGGUGAUUUUGUACACCAUGUCUAUGAGUGGCCAACUUCUGUACACUUGGUGGGGUAUCGUCAUGUACCCUGCCACUGAUGUCCCUUAUUGGAAGAAGGGCUCAAGCGCCAUGGUUGUCGUGUGUUUCGCCUAUGUUGCAAUUGGCUUCGGCGUCAAAAAGCUUGACGACAAGACAAGCUCAAUCUCGUCGGAGAACGGUGACGACGAGCUCACCGAGGGGGUUAUGGUGGAACAUCAGAUGACGAAAAUCAAUUGA